AUGGCGAUGAUGAUGACUGGCCGUGUGCUGCUGGUGUGUGCCCUCUGCGUGCUGUGGUGCGGUGGCGGCGUUUUUGCUGAGGAUCCUGCACCUGAUGCCGGUGUCUCCGGUCAUUCUGCAAGUAUUGUUGGAGGUUUGCAGGAAAUAACACAAAAUGGACCGUCAUUACUGGGGGAACCAAGCUCGGAAACCGUAACACCAAAAGUCGAGGGAGGAGCACCACUUGGAUCCGCAGUAGAACUUCCGGGAAGAAGCGAGCAAGAAGUUGAUGCGCUAGAAGGUGAAGAUUUGAGUGAUAAAAGUUUAGAUAAGGAAAUAUCAAAAGAUAAAAACGCGCAACUUUCUUCCGGUCCACCUGCUGACAACAACAGUUCCCCUACCGGAGUGGGUAAUGCUGGUGGCAGUGGCCUUCCGUCCUCAGGUGCCUCUGGGGACUUAACGGAUUCUACUGAUGACCGCGCUGGAGGGGCAGGGAAUGUUGGACACAUAAAACCACCAGCAGAACUCACUCCGCCGCAUCCACCGGAACCGAAUUCAAAAGGAGGUCGUGCACCACCUGCUGUACCAAACCUCAAUACAUCAGGGAGCCAAGGGAAGAUUGCGGCACAAGGACAACCAUCGGCGAAGCAGGAAACAUCGCUCGCCACUCAGCCGCAAGUGUCCGGGAUGCGUCCGCCACCACAGGAUGAAAAACAGAGCGGGGGGGAAAUAGAAAAUUCGCCAGAGCCAGGAGAGGCUCCAGCAACCUCUGAUACCACGCUCGUUACGAGCUCCGGAACUGAAGGCCAAAUCCCUCAGUCAUCCUCACCUCGGUCUGGAAGUGACAAUGUUACUCAUCAAAGUGAACAGCACCCUGAGGCGCCACUCGGCAAUACUCAGCAGGAUGAUGCCGCAGUGGCCGAUGAGGAGCGUCGUCGUGGAGAAACUGGUGGUAUUCCGACAGACUCUCAUCGAGGUCCAGAAGCGGCAGCAGCGACCAACGCCAAUGCAAAAGUUGCGCCACCUACUGAGGGCAGUGACGGCAGCACCGCGGUCUCCCACACCACCUCCCCUCUUUUGCUUCUUCUUGUUGUUGCGUGUGCGGCUGCGGCUGCGGUGGUGGCCGCGUGA